GCAAACUCCCCGCCCAUUGCGGCGGCCGCCGCGCAGCCGUAAAGCGGAGCCGCCCGCGCCCCCCGCCCGGCUGGCAGCGCCCCUCCGGCACCAUGGCACAGGUGGGCCACAGGGUGGAUUACCUGGCCGGCUUCUGCUGCCCGGUUGGGGGGCUGGUGGCGGGCAAGCCCCGGGUGCUGUGCCACGAGAACGAGAUCUACCUCUCCAACGGCAGCGAGUUCGUCUACGUCUACGAUCAGGAGGGGAAGGUGCUGAAGGCCGUGUACCGGUGCCCUGACCGGGUAUGGCAUGUGGAGCUGCUGCCCCAGCCCCGGCAGCUCUACAUCCUCUGUGCCCAGAGUGGCAUUUACUGCGUCUCCCUGGACCAGCAGAGCAGGUUAAUGGAGCAGACGGAUGGCGACGGCCAAGAAAGCAAUUGCCCUUCCGGUGUCUUCCCUGUGGACUCGGAUGCCUGCAUCUUCCCAGACUCCAGCCUGUGCAUGUUCACUCUCCUCAACAACUUUGUCAUCACCUUGUCCCAGGCUCACGGCAAAUGGUGGAUGAAACUGCAUGAGCUUCCGCGUCCUGAGCAGGAGAGUCCCCCAUACCGGCAGGUCAGCGAGGUGGGCUUCUGCCCUGGCCCCCAGCCCGGAGAGGAGGAGGACGGCCCGCCCUCCCGCUUCCUGCCUGUCCUGUGCUGUGCAUCCUCCCCAGGCACCAUGGGGUCCGGGGAGGGGCUCUGGUGCUCGGGGGGCUUCGUGCUGGAAGAGCCCCUCUUCAGCCUGCUCUUCGGGAUUGAUGCAGCCAUGCUGGAGUCACCUAUGAUCCUCUGUGGCUUCCCGGAUGGACAGCUUUGCUCCGUGCCGCUGAAGGCCCUCAGCUCUUCACCACCUGUUGACGGCUGCCAUGAUGUUUCAAACCAAGACCCCCCUGUGAAGAUCCUCCAUCAUUUGGAAGAGCCCAUUGUCUUCAUUGGGGCCUUGAGAACGGAGCGGAGGGCGGCAGAGGAUGCUGAGGACGAGCAGCUCUUUGGAGACUCUGGCUGUGACUGCGUGGUGGCUGUGGGCCACUACGGGAAGAUGGUGGCUGUCAAAGCGGAUCAGAGGGAGGAGGCGACGGUGCCGGAGCUCAGGGAGUACUACUUGCGUGGGCCCAUUCUCUGCGCCGCCUGCAGCAGCGGCAGCCGAAUGUAUUACAGCACGCACUCGGACAUCUCUGCCGUCGACCUGGACUGGGUUGGUGACUCCUCCGAUCCUGAAGACACAGAGAGCUGCACCGGCGUCCUGCCUCCUGUCCUGUCUCCAGCCAGUUUAAGUAUCUGUAGCGUUGUGGCUCUUUCCUUGUCUUCUCGGGCGUCAGAAGGUGAAUCGGAGCUGCUGGCCUUGUCUGCAAAAGGCCGCCUCAUGACCUGUGACUUAUGCAGCCCCGAGGAUGCUGACGUGGAGCUGACGCCCGCCGAGGCUGGCCGGAGGAUUAAGGAGCUGUUGUCCGGGAUAGGCAACACCUCAGAGAGAGUUUCCUUCCUGAAGAAAGCAGUGGACCAGAAGAAUCGAGCCCUGGCCAGCCUGAACCAGGUGAUGAAUGUGAGCGCAGCUUUGCUGUCCAGCCAGGAAGGCCAGAAGCCCAUUGCUUGCACCGUCACUGCUAACUGGAGCUGCCUCCUGCUCCAAGAUACCGUUACAAUCUCCUGUCUGCUGGAGAACUGCAGCGAGUACAGUCUGGAGGAGGGCUGGACCCUCUGCGUUCAGCUCCUGGCCAGCCCCUGUGCCUUAGAGGAGGAGUCAUCCGUGGAUUCAGCCACCACUUUCACCUUCCCCAUCGACCACCUCCUCCCUGGGAACAAGAGGGAGCUGACACUGCCCCUCGGCUCUGCCGCAGACACCAAGCUGGACCUGCCUCUGACCAUCUCCUGUGCUCUCUACUACAGUUUACGGGAUAUUUUGGGCAGCGGCUCAGACUCCUCCGAGGCUUUGGACGACCUCCUGCCAGAUGACUCGCCCAUCCUCUCCCCAGACAGAGAGGGGAUCUGCCUGCCCCUCAGUGAAUGCACCAUUGACAUGCUCCAGUGCCUCCGUUUCGAGAGCAGCCCCCCUGGGCUGGAUGCCUCCCCGCCAGUGGCUGCUCCCCCUGCCCCCCCAGACCCUGUGGAGACCUUCCUCAAAGUGUCCCAGGAGCAGGCUGAGCCCAAGGGGGUGAAAGCCGGCGAGCUGCCACAUGCCACUGGAGAGGGGAACCUGCCUCCGUCAGCGGCAUCCAUCCGGGUGUCCUCGGAGCUGCUGAAAAACACGCUGAAAACCUCCGGCUCGGAUGUCCCGCUGAGCUGUGCCACGCUGCGCUGGCUGCUGGCUGAGAACGCUGGGGCCGAGGCGCUGAGCAGUGGGAAUGUGGCAUCGGUGCGUGGCGCAGCACCAGACGGAGGCGAGGUGCAGCUGCUUGUCCGAGAGGCAAGGAAUGGGUUAGCCCUGCAGACAAACUCCCCGCGCCUGUCCCACGAAGCUGGCUUCGUUCUGCAGCCCCUCGCCCAUGCCAGGGAGCUGGGUGAUGUGGCCAUGAACGACCUCAGCCCUGCGGGUCCCAUCCAGGCCGUGGAGAUCGUGAUGGAGAGCCCAUCCCUGGCUGACAUGUGCAGGAUGCACCAUGCCGUCAUCCGGCGCAUCCAGGCACUAGUGCUGGAGCAGGCAGCACAGGGCUCGGGCCCCCCUGACCUUCGCAUGCAGUACCUGCGCCAGAUCCAGGCCAACCACGAGAUGCUGCUGAAGGAGGCGCAGACCCUACGCGACCGGCUGCCCCUCGGCGAGGAGGGGGCUACCACGGCCGAGAAGCUCUUGCACAUCUACAGGCAGCUCCGCAACCCCAGCCUUGUUCUGCUGUGAGCAGGGGGGUGGGCAGCGCACCCUGGGGGCCCCGAGCCCCGCUGGCCGGGGUGGGCCCUGCCAGGCCAGCAGCGGGGAGAGACCCCCACAGGAGGAGGAGCGGGUGCGGGUGGGAGGGCUGGCAGUGAGGGCAGGGAGGCCCUGGCGGUGGUCCAGGUGGGGGGCGUGUGUGUGUGCGUGUUUUGUGGUCGUGUUGUUGGCAACACCGGAGGGUUGCGGGGCUCUGGCGGCAGAGUGGGGGCUUCUGGGCUGGCCCAGCCCAGCCCUGCCGCUCCCCCCCUCCCCAGCCUGCCACACCGGUGGGCAGCCCCCGGGGCCGUGCUGUCUUGUGGAUCAUUCUAGCCGUGGUAGUUUAGCGCUCUCCCAGCAGCUGCUGUGCUGUGCCGGCUGCGGGCUGUGCCCCCAUGCCGCCUUGCCUUUCAGGAUCAGGAUAAACAGGGUGCUGUGCCAGGGUGCCCAGCGGGUGCCUGCCCGGGGGAGCCCCGUUUUCUGCUGGGCAGGGGAGGGGGUUUUCCACUCCCCCGUUGUUUCUAUAAAUGAUCUUGUAUUUCUGUGGUGGUGCAGCGUGUUUUGGCCCAGUCCUUCCCCGCACCGCUCCAGUAUCUGUAAAUCUGUCGUCUGCCAUGAAAACGAUCGUGCCGCUCA